AUGGCAGAACAAGUGUUGCUCGCGCCCUCGAUGGACGGUCGAGCGUCAAAGAGACGAAACAUGAAUCACUUCAAGCUAAGAGAUGGACCAGAUAUCCUCACUCCGAAGAAUAUGCUCGAACUUCCCCGCCCAGGCGCAGCGGUCGCCAACGAGGCGGGUGACCUAGCAUAUGUGGUCGUUUCACAGUUUUCAUUUGCGAAGAAGAAAUCCGAGAAAUCCGUUCAUGUGCUCUCUCUGACUGGUUCUGCGCACACCUCGAUCGAGGGAUCAAGCGUAUUUUGGAUCGACUCACACACGCUCGUCAAAGUCACAGAGGAUGAUGGUGUCCAGACUCUUGAAGCUCUUGACGUGGCUACGAAGGGAAAACAUGUGACAGUUACGCAUGCAGGAACGAUUGGCUCUCUUCCCAAGGGAAUCUCGGCAGACAAUUUUCAGUUCACCAAAAAGGGCCACUUGUUGGUCUUUUCCGCUCUAGUCUACCCCGACUAUGAUUUGGAGACUGUUGCAAAGCAAGACGAAGAGUACGAAGCGCGGGGUACGACAGCGUACGUUUUUGAUGAUACCUUUGUACGGCACUGGGACACCUGGCGUGGACCGAAAAAGUCGAGGUUGUUCGGUGUCACCCUCAGCAAGGAAAAGGAGACGUGGAGACUCGGCAAGAAUUUCUACCGGCCUUUGCUCGAGAGCGAACAUUACACGCCCGUGGAACCAUUUGGCGGUUCGGAUGACUUUUCUAUCAAUGCAACUCACAUCGUCUAUACCACCAAGGAUCCCUCCUUGCCAGAGGCACUCCAUACUCGUCAAAAUGUAUACAUUGUUCCGAUUAAGGGAGGAGAGAAGCCUCGGCGUCUCACGAGCAGCAAGCAGGGAGCGACCCAUAGCCCCGCAUUUAGCCCUGAUGGCAGCAAAGUGGUAUGGCUCGAGAUGGCGAAGGACGGUUAUGAAAGCGACCAUGCGGUGAUCACCAUAUACGACCUGAAGAAGGAUGUCCGGUUCACCGUGGCGAGCAAGUGGGACCGUUCUCCCGAUGCAAUUUCGUUCUCCCAUGAUGGAGCCAGCCUAGUAUUCACUGCUGGUGACCUGGGCCACAUCAAAGUUUUUACUGUCCCACUCCCGUCUACCCCUCUAGUCAGUGACGAGGCUGUUGAAGACGACGCGAUUCCAGUCGCCCUUACCGAGCUUCACGCAGCAAACGGUGCACAGUCAUUACCAGGCGGGCGAAUCCUGUACACCUCCAACUCGCUUACAUCCCCCAACAAUGCAUAUCUCGUCUCCAAUCUCGAUCAUCCGGAAAGUCCGCUCGAGAUUCAGAGACUCACGUCCUUCGGUGAUGAGGCUCUCGAGGGCAAGAAUUUGGAUCCUGGUGAAGAGUUUUGGUUCACUGGCGCAGAGAACAUACGCGUUCAUGGAUUCGCCAUAAAGCCAAAGGGAUGGGAGGCUGGCAAAACCAAAAAGUAUCCGGCUGUAUUGUUGAUCCAUGGUGGACCACAGGGUGCAUGGGAAGAUAGCUGGAGUACCCGAUGGAACCCAAAUGUCUUCGCUCAACAAGGGUACUUUACCAUCUUCAUCAAUCCGACGGGCAGCACGACCUAUGGCCAGAACUUUACGGACGCCAUCACCGAAGACUGGGGAGGUCGACCAUUCCAGGAUUUGAUUGCAGGGUGGAAAUACGUCCUAGAUAGGUAUCCAGAGAUUAAUCCCAAGCGCACUGCAGCGGCUGGUGCAUCGUAUGGUGGGUUUGCCAUCAACUGGAUCCAGAGCCACCCAGAGUUUGGGUUUGGGUUCAAAGCUCUUGUAUGCCAUGACGGCGUGUUCGAUACACACUAUAAUGGGUAUUCGACGGACGAACUUUUCUUCUUCAAUCACGACUUUGGAGGACCACCAUGGAUCACGAAAGCGACUGAAAAAUUCAAUCCAUCGCGCCUUGUUCCCAAGUGGAGUACGCCGGAGCUUAUUAUUCAUAGUGGGAAAGACUAUAGACUGCCAGAGACUGAAGGCAUCGCGGCCUUUCACGCACUCCAACAACGUGGGAUCCCAAGUCGAUUCCUCUAUUUCCCCGACGAGAACCACUGGGUACUCAAGCCCGAAAACUCGCUCAAGUGGCACUACGAGGUGUUCAAAUGGAUUGCAGAGUUUGUUGGCGAGGAUGACUGA